AUGGGAAAAUGGGAGUUAACAAUGAACCCAGUGCAAGAGUGGGGUGAGGAGCAUGAGGACGGUGCAGUUUAUGGUGUCACCCUGCGUCGGGAGCCCGUUCCCUCUUCCCCCAACAGCGGUGAGACGAGUCCAUGCUGCGCUUUUGUCCAGUACCGUACCUGCAAGGUGCGGCGUCUGAAGGCUGCGACCCUGGACCUGCUUGUGAAUCACCUCCUCGACCCUGAAUGCCAGGAGCAGGACUAUGGCAGGAUCUUCCUCUCCACAUACAUAACCUUCACUGGUACCUCAAAGCUCAUAGAGCUUCUUUUCCAGAGAGAAAAUGCUGUCUCAGAUCUGGACAACAGUGAAUGCUACACGAGCCCUCUGUUGGCCUUUGUCCAGACAUGGUUGGAUGAGUACAGUGAGGACUUCAGGGAUCCUCCACUGCACGGGUCACUCAGGCUGCUGUUGGAUCACCUGAGGAUCAGCUCGGCAGUUCACGAUAACAUGCGCAGUCAGCCCAAUUUCUGCUCUUUGGCUGCGCAAGCGGAGGCACUGCUCAAGAGUUUACAGAUUGAAGAAGCGAAGACGAAUGUCAGCCCGGCCCAGGCAGAUGUGGAGCAAGCUGAGGAGGGUUCUUGUGAUGAGGAUUCAGGGUGUGAAAACUCUCUGGAUCAAGGGGGCAUCAUGGAUUUCUCAGCUGCAGCCAUUGCUGAACAGCUCACCCGAAUGGACUCCGCUCUGUUUGUCAAAGUGGUGCCUUACCAGUGUCUGGGCUGUGUGUGGUCGCAGAGAGACAAGAAGGAAAACAUGUCUCCCACCAUCCGAGCCACCAUUGCACAGUUCAACGCCAUUACUAACCAGGUCAUCAUUUCCCUGCUCUGCCAACCGACAGACGCCACCUCCAGUCCCACUACACCAGCUCAAAGGGCCUGCAUUAUAGAGAAGUGGAUCAGAGUAGCACAGGAUUGCCGUCGGCUGAAGAACUUCUCGUCUCUCAGGGCGAUCCUGUCGGCCCUUCAGUCUAAUGCGGUUUACAGGCUGAGAAAGACCUGGGCUGCUGUUAGCAGGGAUAGCAUGGCCACGUUUGAUAACCUCUGGGAAACCUUCCCUGAUGAGAACUAUGUCCUGACCAACAGAGAGCUCCUGGAGGAGGAUGGAGGCCAAGCUUCUGUGGAUAACAUUUCUCCAAAGAUAUCCAAGCGGAGUCCAAUCCACAGACAGAUGAGUACCUCCAGUGGAGUCGUUCCUUACCUUGGCACUUAUCUGACUGUCCUCACCAUGCUGGACACUGCUCUGCCAGACACUGUGGAGGGUGGGCUCAUAAACUUUGAGAAGAGGAGGAGGGAGUUUGAGGUUCUGUCACAGAUCCGUGUGCUGCAGGUGUCCUGUUCCCAGUACAACCUACCCCAUCACCCCAGAAUCGCUGCCUGGCUGCAGGGACACAAGCUGCUCACUGACCAGGAGAGCUACGAACUGUCGAGGAAUCUGGAGCCUCCAGUGGACCUGUGUUCGCCAAAUCCCCGGAGCCGCUGCACACUCGCAAAGAAACUGUCCUUGUCAAGUGUCUUCAGUCUCUUGUCAGCGAGCGAAGGAUUAAAAAAACUCCCCUCUGACCAGAUCAGCGUUACGUCUUCUGGAUCCAGUGGAUCUGAGAUGGAGGAUCUCUGCUCCUCAAACUCAGGCUGUUCCAUCAGAUUGCAGUCCUUUCACAGCUCCUGCAACAAUGUGUCUGAGGUAUUUUCUUCCUCCUCGUCCUCCUCUUCCUCGUCCACCCCCGGCUCCUCGUUUCCAGACUCCCCUACCCCCUCCAACGCCUCCCCUGACCGGCGGACUGAUCCGAGCUCUCCUGCCACGUCCUGCGGCGGUGCUCGGCCGAAGCCCACUCUGGCCUCCCACCACAAACGCUCCGUGUCCAUGAUCUCCCUGCCUUUGUAUAACCGUCAGGUGGCUGACUCCUGUAUAAUCAGGGUGAGCGUGGACCUGGGCCAGAACAACGGCAACAUGUACAAAAGCAUCCUGUUGACCAGCCAGGACAAAACUGCACAGGUGAUUCAAAGGGCGUUGGAGAAGCAUCACCUUGAGCACAUGAACUGGUGGGACUUCAGCCUGACACAGGUCAUCUCCCAGGAAAGAGUGUUGCUCAUACCAGACAAAGCAAACGUCUUCUAUGCUAUGUCCACAACGGCAAACUUUGACUUUGUUCUGCGCCAACUUCCCAAAGGCCAGAAGAAACCGCUGGGAGCCACGUCGAGUCUCGGACGGUACGCAAAGUAGCACCUCCAGUCUACAAAGUCUGCACCUGGAAGAUGAACUGAGGUCCUGGGAUGCUCCUGGAAUUUUUGUGUGUCCUCCGAGAUGGUUCAUUUUUUUUUCUUUCUUUUUUUUGAUGCUAAGAGGUAGAAAUGUGAUGUGUUUAUGGUAAAAGACAAGAUGAUGCAAAAGCACUUUAUUAAGAACAAUGCUCGCCUCAACAAAAGCAACUGAUGACUGACUGAAAAAACCCCAUCUGCAUCAGAUGCGCUUUUAUUUCCUGUUGGAAUAAACUUAGUAUGAAUCCUAAAAACAAUUAACCCAUUCCUUGACUUUUUCCCAGAGGUGAGUUCGUAAUGCUUGCAUGGUUUUUAAGUGCAUCGAUUCUUAAGCAAAUGCUGACUGAGUUUUGGCCCUGAGACUUCUGCUAAAUGUCACUUUCAGUAACCAUAUGGGCACGAAGACACACACACACACACACACACACACACACACACACACACACACACACACACUCCCCCCAGAGAGCAACACGUGCCUACAUCAGUGACCUAUUUAUACAUGAACACUGAGAAAUGCCUGGCCAUUUCCCAACGCAGCUGGGUGCCAUUAAUAACCUGUGUGUUAAAAAGGUAAUGGGGGUCAGAUGCUGUGUGAAGGGAGUGCAGUCGCCAAAGAACUCCUGGGGCCCCUCAGCAGGUUGUCAGCCACUCAAGAUGCGAUACCCCACUGUGCUUAUGUGUUGCUGUGCCAGUGCCAUCUGAGGAGUGGGUGGGGACGUUCUCACCAGGGAUCACUGUGUUCCCGGCGACUCUCAGCUCGGCUCCUCCGGUGUUGCUGUGAUACUCAUCGUGCGUGGCUUGGUUCCCCCCUGACUGGAAGGAUGGCAUUCCUGAGCCUGGGUAACCAUGGCAGCAGCAGAGACUUUGAUGGACAGGACAACAUGUACACGUGCAAAUGGCUACCAUAUCUAGAUAAGACAACAAUAUGGUUGAACUGGUGUGUGUGUGUGUGUGCGUGUGGGGAGGGAGAUUUCAUUGUUUUGCUAUGACUAAGUUAAGUUUAAAAGCCUUUUAGAUGCUGAGAUGUUUUCUAAUGUUUUGUAUUUAUUUUCUCUCCGGUUCAACUGUGGUUCACUUCCCACUGUUGAUUGGGUGUUGAUUUGAUUGACACUUGACUCACUAGGUGGCAUUAAGUUGUCUCUUAAAUAAAAUAAUCAAAACAAAGUUUAUUUUGAAACUGCUUUGAUUAGUGAAGUUGUAAAUUUAGAGAUGUCUUACUGAGAAUAUUUAAAAUGUAAUGAAAUUUGUUUAAUUUUUAUUUACUUGUAUUGUAUUUAACAAAUUAGGUUCAGACUUGUGAAGCCUGGAUGUAACUGGUUCUUAAAUGGUUUGAUAUAAAGCCAAGGUUAGAUGUAAUCAUUUCAGUGACGUCAACUGACACCAAGACAGACAGCUGAUAGGGAUCAUAUUUUGUUACACUUCAAGCUGCAGGGAGUAUUUGCAAAGAGGAAGAGCUACACAAUGAACAGACACACUUCAAGUUUUAUCACUCAGAAGUCCCAGAGUGUUUGGGAGUCGAGAGGCUUGCUCAGGGGCAUAGAUGGCUGUCUAGGAACGGAACAGACUCUCACUGAGUUGUUUACCAACUCUGGUCCCCACAGAUCUGGGGCUUUUAAACAGUAAACACUUUCUCAAAAGCUUAUGUGUCCGCAUACUCGUCAACGUCCUUUCUUGGCAGCUGAGACCUGAAUUGAUUGUAUUUCUUGGCUUGUAAAAAAUACUUUUUGUUGAUAAAUGAUAAAUGAAGAGAAUGUCACAGGAUUUGAUAUGCAUCUCCACACUGUAUUGACAACGUCCUAAUAAAUACUUUUUCAGUCGUA